AUGGAGGCUGAAGAUCUCUCAAAGGCUGAAGACGGACCUGAGGACCCAGGUUUAAAAAAUGAAGGCCAGUCUGCUGCUGUGCAGCCUGAGAUCCCACUUGGAAGGCAGUCCCCUGGUCCCACUGACCUUUGGGAUAUGCUGGAAAGGAAGUUUCUGGAAUACCAGCAGAUGACAUAUGGGAGUGCAGAUGAACGUCGGAAGAGUCUGCUGUGUCUUCUCCCCCUGUUCCUAAAGGCCUGGGAACACUCUGUGGGCAUAAUCUGCUUUCCCAGUCUCCAAAGGCUAGCAGAAGAUGUUUCUGACCAGCUUGCCCAAGAAAUACAGAAGGCCCUUGCUGGGAAACCUGCAGAACAAGCACGAGUGGUGGCGGGGCAGUUGCUGCGGUGCAAGGGGGACGUGGAUCGGGAUGGCUACCUGCUCUUGAAGUCGGUGUAUGUGCUCACAGGAACAGACUCGGAGACGCUGGGCAGAGUGGCCGAGUCUGGGCUUCCAGCCCUCCUCCUCCAGUGCCUGUACCUCUUCUUCAUCUUUCCUCUGGAAAAGGAUGAGAAUGAUGUUCAAGGUCAGAGGAUGUUUGUGCAGAUGUUACUCAACAUUUGCAGUGAGUCUCAGGGUCUGGAAGGAUUUCUUUCAGGAUGUGAACUUCAGUCUCUACUGAUUGCCACCACCUGUCUUCGGGAACACAGCUGCUACUUCUGGAAAGAGCCCACCUUCUGUGUGCUGAAGGCAAUCUCCAGGGCUCAAAGCCCCAGUAUCAUCCAAUACCUCCAGGCUGCUGACUGUGUCCGGCUCUCAGUUCAGAACCUCUCCAGGCUGGCAGACACUCUCCCACCUCCCGAGGUGAGCGAAGCUGUGAACCUCAUCUUGGGCUUUGUGAAGGACUCCUACCCCAUCUCCUCAGCUCUGCUCCUGGAGUUUGAAAACGGGGAGGGUUACCCUCUGUUACUCAAGGUAUUAUUACGGUACGACGGACUGACUCAGGGUGAAGUGGACCCCCACCUGGAGGAGCUUGUUGGACUAGUAGUGUGGCUGACAACCUGUGGGAGGUCAGAGCUGAAGGUGUUUGACAGUGUCACUUACCCUCAGCUUGAAGGCUUCAAGUUCCAUCGUGAGACUUCUGGUGUGAGUGUUAAGAAUCUGCAGGCCUUCCAGGUUCUGCAGAGUGUUUUCCACAAAGCCAAUGAUGCUGUCCUCUGCACGCAAGUCCUGUUGGCCAUCAAGACCAUGUGGGCUUGGAACCCUCGGAAUUUCUUCCUUCUGGAGUGGACCCUGCAGCCCAUCUCACAGUUUGUGGAGAUUGUACCCCUGAAGCCUACCCCAGUGCAGGUGCAAUUUUUCCAGCUCCUGGAGUCACUGGUGUUCAAGAUGUGCUACGUGCCCCAUGAGAUCCUGCAGAAGGUGCAGCGUCUGAUCAAGGAGAGCCCUGAGCCAUCCUGUACCCUUGUGGCACUGCAGAGCAUCCUCAAGAUCACUGGCAGUGACCCUCUCUUCACUGACAUCUUCAGGGACUCAGGGCUGCUGGGCUUGCUGCUGGCCCAGCUGAGGAAGCAGGCCAAGAUCAUGAGGAAGUCAGGAAACAAAGAGUAUAGUCCUGGCAUUCAGGAUCCAGAAAGAGAACUCACCUGUGUGAUGCUGAGAACUGUGGUCACACUUCUGAAAGGCUCGGUUCGGAAUGCAGUUGUCCUGAAAGACCAUGGCAUGGUACCCUUCAUCAAGAUCUUCCUGGACGAUGAGUGCUACCGUGGAGCCUCACUCAGCAUCUUGGAGCAGCUCUCAGUCAUCAAUGCUGAAGAGUAUAUGAGCAUCAUUGUUGGUGCUUUGUGCUCAUCCACUCAGGGGGAGCUGCAGCUGAAACUGGACCUCCUGAAGUCUCUUCUUCGGAUCCUAGAGACCCCCAAAGGACGGGCUGCAUUCAGAGUCUCCAGUGGGUUCAACGGGCUGCUGUCCCUGCUGUCUGAUCUGGAGGGGUCUCUCCAUGAGCCCCCGCUGCAGGCAUGGGGGACUGUGACCCCCAGCCAGACACUGGAACUGGUGCUGCAUACCCUCUGUGCUGUGUCUGCAGCACUGCACCUGGACCCUGUCAACAGUGACUUCUUCAGGAGGAAUGGGCUUUUUGAGAAGCUGGCUGAGGACCUCUACUUGCUGGGCUGUUUUGGGGUCUUGGUCGAAGAAGGACCCUCUCGACACUCUUGGUCUGAUACCAAGGCCAGGCCGUUUGCUGAUUUCCUGAGUGCUGCCUUUUCCUCCCGCUGCCCACUCCCACCCAGGAUUCAGAGAUGCCUCCAGAUCCUCAGUUUUUUGGACAGCAUGGCCAGUGGUACCCUCCACCUGCGCAGGGACUUGAAGGACUCCCUGAGGGCUGGGCAAGAGUCAGUUGUGGAUGUUCAGAAGGGAAACGCCAUUAGCAACCUCCAAGGCAACUUCAAGUGGCUGGACCCAGAGGAGAGGAUGGAUGAAGGUGAUUCUGUCAUCAUGCACCCUGGGAUGGUGUGCRUCAUGGUGAAGCUGCUGCCUCGCUUGUACCAUGAAGAUCACCCACAG